AUGCCAGCGUUCCAAAGAGGAGUGCAACGACAAGGACCACCCAGGGCUGUCCUUUCUUGUCGAUUUUGGCACCCCACUUUGGACCCAUACCGUUUGCACAAGGGCCUAGAUAGUUCGGGUGGAGGCGUAGGUACAGGAGUUAGCGCCAGAUAUAACGAUCAGUGUGAUGACGGUAUUGAAUAUGGACCGAAGUGCUUUGAUAUUAGCGAGCUUGAAAGCGAGGACGAAUGGUCCGUAGCUUGCGAGACCAGCCAAUUCGGUUCCCCCAAAAGCAAAGUUAGCAGUGUUAGAGACUCAGUCAAGAAACCGGGCUUAUUUCACUCACGAGGCCGGAACAAUGAUCGAGCAAAAUCCUUUAAACUCGUUCCUAAACGCGCCUGGGUUGUGCUAGUAAUGGGCGCUAAUGUAACAUCUAGUAUCAGUGGGUACACCACCGACAUCAAUAAUCACGUCGAGGAUGAUGAAGCUAAUGACAGCGAGAGAUUUCAUGAGACCAAGAAUGAACUUGACCUCUCCGUAUCCCCUGAUCCCGAAGAAGUUGACGGCGGUAACGCCAACUAA